UAUAGCCCGUGUUGCCGCGGGUUCAUUCGCUUUUUCCUUUCUACGCUCAUCGUCCUCGGAGUCGUCUUGGUGUGCCGCUGCACUUAUCCAACUAUACCUUGCCGUAUAGAGCGGUCACCUUUCUGCCGUCAUUUACCCCAGCUACUGAUAGCAAUUCUUCCCGGGACCCAGGUCGAGGAAACUUUUUCUCCCUAAUCUGUGCUACCUCAUCCUAGGGCGGAAGGCCUUACAUACACCAUCUACACUACCCCUUGGUUCAAAUAGGCUUCAUGCGCGAAUACGUCUACGCUCUGCAUGACUUCAUUCCCGAAAACGAGGACGAGGUACCCUUUCGGGCUGGGGAGCGGAUUGAGGUCGUAGAGAAGGAUGAUGCAUACGGCGAUGGAUGGUGGACGGGCCUCAAUGGAUCUGGAAAGAAGGGUCUGUUCCCUCAGACUUAUACUUCGCCUACAGAGCCUACCGUCGCUGUCGGUAUUGCGUCCUCCUCUUCACUUCCAGUGGACCCAGAUACCACCGUGAAAACGCCCCUGCAGCCUCUACACGAAGAGCCGGAGAUAGAGUCGCCCCAGCCGCCUCCUGCUAUAUUUCUUAAUGACCAAGAAACCGUUGGAACUAAUGGCGACGGUGAAGUCAUGAAAGCAACCAUGACAGACGUUCAGAAGGCCAUUGAGCAACUUGGCAGAGGAAGCGGGACAGCAGAUGACACAGACGGUGCGCAGAGCUUCAGUUUCGCUAGUUCUCAUGGAGGUCGGGACACCGAGGAAGAUACAGAUUUUGACAUGAGCGACGCCGACGCUGCUGGUGAUGAGGGGGAGGGCUGGCAUAAAGGUGCUAGACGGAAGUUGGCGGAGAAAGCGAGGCAAGCAGUAGAGGAUGCUGAACGGUUAGAAAUGAUCGGCAUGAGCCGCUCGAGCAGUAACCGGACUUACGCUCCUCCCAUUCCCGUGGAGCUUAGCGACGAGAGUGAAGAUGAAGAGGAUGAGCACGACUAUACGCCUCCAGCGGGUCUCCAGGGUCAAAGGAGGCACUCGUACAUACCGGAAGAGGAUGAAGAUGUAGAGUCUGUCCCAGGCCACUCUCUCUUCCCUAACGACGACAAAACUCUAGGCGACCGAGCAUCGCAUUCCCCUCGCAGCUCGACGCACUUCUCUCCAUCAGAGUGUGACGAAGCAGAGAUGCAACCAGCUACAGCUACACGUAUCAACUUUGCGGCGCAGCCAGAGCGAGUCAUGACUCCUCCCAAUGAAUCCCAGCCCACUUCUCCCAAGUCUGUCACUCUGGCUCAAGCAGCUGCCGUCCCCAUGCCUCAAUCUCCUCCAGACACAAAUAGUGCCAAUACGCCAGUAAUUGAUGCCGUAGCCGCAUUGCCAUCGUCAGUUGUAGCUACAAACGCGACGACAACGACUCAGUCUAAACAUAGCAGUAUAGGCUCUUCGCCUGCUUCUCCAUCUCAUAGCGCACCAGGAAAUGACUCCCUGCUGUCGGCAACAGUAUCGACAAUACCAACUCCAGUGGACAAAAAGGAGAAGAAUCAUCCGUCCGAAUGGUCUCUGGACGAAGUCGUUGACUGGUUGAAAAAUAAAGGCUUUGACCAGGAUGUUUGUGAAAAAUUCACCGAGCAAGAAAUCACUGGUGAUGUCCUACUCGAGCUAGACGUCAAUCUCCUCAAAACGGAGAUCGGUAUUAUGGCGUUCGGCAAACGCAUGAGAAUUGCCAAUGCUAUCACGGACCUUCGUCGACCACCAUCCAUCGUCUAUUCCGACCACCCAGAUCAGCCUUCACCUCACCUCUUCACACAGUCCCCUGCGACAUAUGCCGAUGGCCAAAGUCACUCUAGGAACCAGUCCCAGUCUCAGUCACACCAUUCUUACCCUGGCUCAACCAGGUACUCACAUAGCGUGCAAAGUUCGAUUAAUGGAUUCGCGGCUCUCAUCAGCCCAGAGAGUGCACCCCAUACGGCAGAUACUCCGGUUUCACCUCCAUCGACCCUAGAUCCCGAGCCAGAGCCUGUAGGGCUCACUAUGUCCGCUACUAAUGGAAAGGCGCCCAAAUCAAGACCGUCUCAGCUGUCAUUAUCGCCAAGCGAUGGUGCAAUGGACGCGUCUAUCAAAGCUGUUGGGGAUAUCCCUGAGGAAGUGGAAGAAGAGCGGGAAGAACGCGCUGCGCUUACUGAGGGCGAAGGUCUUUCUGCCCGUUCUGUACGAAGGAGGUUGUUUGGUCGUUCUCAUGACUCGGAAAAUUCUGGAAAAGAUUCUGGUUCCCGGACAUCGAAGGAUGGGAUAUCGCCGUCAUCUCCCGCUUUGUCUAUUUAUGCGGAGAAGGAGAAGGAUAAAGCGAAGGACAAAACCAAAGACAAGGAUAAGGACAAGGAUAUUGCGCGCCAUGGACGAAAACAGCGGAGUGUCGAUGUUGGCAAGUCUGGUGAACGGCUUAGUUUGUUUGCCGGUUCACUCAGUGCUACACUUGGCAAGAGUCGUAAACCUCCUCCGAAGUAUUCCGGCGACGAUACCCCUGAAAAGGGAUCAUCAUUCCAUCUUCCAAGACUAUAUAGCACAAGUAGUCGGAAAACUUCCUCUUCUGGGCGACCGUCGACUCCCGGCGCUCCCAAAGUCUCCAAGGAGCCGAAGGAGGGUUCAGGGGAGAGGCUAGUUGAUAAAGAGCAGAGGGAAUCGAAGGAAGGACGUACAGAGCAUGCCACCCUUCGCAAGCGAACGGCGUCUUACCCUGGAUCGUAUCCUGUAUCCACCGAACUAUCCCAGAGCGAUGGCCCUGUUGGCCAGCUGAAGCCUGGGCAAAGCAUCUUGGAACACAUCGGCGAGGCUGAUCAUACUGGGUGGAUGCGCAAGAGAGGAGAUCGUUACAACAGCUGGAAGCUACGUUACUUUGUUCUCAAAGGUCCCCAUCUGUACUACUUGAGAAGUAACAGUCCUUCGGAAACCAAGAUCAAAGGAUAUAUCAAUAUCAUUGGCUAUCGGGUCACUGUUGAUGAAAAUGUGAACCCUGGCAAGUAUGGGUUCCGCAUCGAGCAUGAGGACGACAAGAUGCACUUCUUCAGUUCCGAUGAGAAGGUCAUCAUCAGGGACUGGAUGAAGGCUAUCAUGAAGGCUACUAUUGCACGAGACUAUACUCAACCUGUCAUUUCCUCGUGCAAUAUCCCUACAAUCCCUCUGAUGGUUGCCCAAGCUAUGAACCCUGCUCCACGACCGCCUUCGCCUACAGCCCGAGAAGCUACUCAGAAAGCACUUCGACGAGACAAUCCUAAUCAGCUGUCAAGCCGUGAUGCCCGUGUCUUGAUGGGUCUGCCGUCAAGCGACAAUGCAAGGGAAGAGCGGACACGGUUGGAAUCGUUCUUCAGCGACCAGUCUGUGGACCUCGGCGCUGAUACGAUAGAUGCAAUAACUAAGACUGCACCUCCGAGGCCUUCGCGAAGGAAGAAUUCUCUCCUUUCCACGAUGACGUCUAUGGACAGCGACCUUGUCGAAUGGGCCAACUCUCACCUUCCUUCGACAUUGCAAAUCAAUGCGACAGAGUCGAUUUGCGGUGGUCUUCAUCUAUUCCGCAUCGCAGAGUCUAUCAAGGGUCGACCGGUAACACCUCCCGUUCCCGAUUCAGCCUUCCCCGUGGACUUGAACGACGAUAAAAUCGAUGGACUUUUCCGUCUCUUUGAUUUCAUGUUGGAUAACGACGUGAAGAUGGGGAGUAUUAGCAUAAACGAUGUUCGACAGGGCAAGCCGGAGAAGAUAGUGCAAUUGCUGAGAGCCCUGAGAGGUUGGGAGGAUAAGCGUAAGGCUCUGGCGCAAAGCGUCAGAGGGUCUAUGUCUAGCGGCGGGUCUGUUUCGGCUACGGGCUUUAUUGGCUCUUCUCCAUCUCCACUAUGGACGGCAAUCUGAUCGAGCUUUGGACCUAAGGGGAAAUAGUACGCUUUUUUUCGGUUUUUUAUCUCACGUUUUCAUUCGUGUCUUAAUAUUCUCUUCGGACAAUGUUUUGUGCCAUACACUCACUCACUUUCUUUGUAAUCACUUUCUCCUUAUAUCAUUACAUACUUUACUUAUUUGUUGUAGGAUUCAUAUUUAGUGUUGUUAAGGUUCAAUCAUGAUGAACGUU